AUGAAUUCGAAAGAACCAGUCGACUACUGCCCCUACCGGCAGAACCUUGAUUGGAGCCAUGUCCAAACCCAAGACUUCUCCAACGUCAAGUAUUUCCAACCAUCAGAUUCGGAACUGGAAAAUGAAGGCGACGUAUAUGCCAAUGGCGUGACGUAUCCCUCACAACCUGCACAGGGCAGCAGCAGCAGCAAAAAGAGCAAGAAGAAGACCAAGAAGGACAAGAAGCCGGAGCAACAUACUUUUGAUGAGCCACUGGCUGCCACCCCUGAACUUCCCACACCAGAACCGCCUCAAGAUAACGGUUUAGCCGAAUACGAGUGGCCGACAACAAAAAAGGACAAGAAGAAGAAAAAGAAGGGCAAAAAGGAGGAAGCUUUUACCCCCGCGCCUCCCCCGCCGCCGCCUCCCCAUCCCGUCGAACCUGAGCCCGAACCGGAAGCUGAAAUUGAGCCUGAGCCUGAGCUUUUGCCUGAACCGAUAAAAGAGGAAGAACUCGUUGCAGAGGAGGCACCUGUGCCUCCGACGAAGACGAAAGAAUCCUCAAAAAAGGACAAGAAGGACAAGAAGAAAGAAAAGAAGAAGAAAAAGGGCAAGAGUGGGAAAGACGCCGGACCAGAGCCAGUUGAGAGCUCAAGAUCGAUUCCCCCUCCGCCGCCUCCACCCCCAGUAGAGGACGCAAAGCCGCCAAAGAUGGAGAAUGCCCCCGCUGUGCUUCCCGAGGCUGCCAUUGAGGCCGAGGAGCAACCACCAGCUGUUGAGGCGGUAGCAGGAGCAGCGCCUGAAGCUCUCGCCGAGGAGGUCCCAGCUGACGAGUCCUCGGCACCGGAAAUAGAGCCCGUUGUAGCGGAGCCUCAAGCUGAGAACACACCACCGACCGAACCUGUUACCGGGGCUCCCGAGGCCCAGGCGGAAGCUGAAUCGGAAAAGGAGGCGAAUGACAAGCCUGAAGAUCCUACCGACACGCCUACCGAGACAGCCCCCGAGCCAGCGGCGGAGAUUCCAGUAGAUGCCAAACUCGAGGAGUUCGAAGAUGGAGCACUGGCUCCCACAACCGAGGCAGUCGACGAAGACAAGCCUGAGGAGUCUGCACUACCAGAUCGAGCUCCUGACGCCCCCGCUGAUACGGAACCUGAGGGUUCUGCACCGACAGAGGAGCCCGCCAGUGACCCUUCAGCAGAACCUGCUUCGGAAGAGACUGAGGCAGUGGUGGAUGCCUCAUUUGAAGUCGAGUCGGAAAAUGCUGCUCCCGUCGUGGAAGAGGCAGCUGGUGACGCUCCAGCUGAAACACAGUCCGACGAAACCGCACCAGCUCAGGAAGAGCCAGCCGCAGAAGCCUCAGCAGAAGUUUCGGGUCCUGCAGAUGAGCCAGUCGCCGAGACCCCCGAGGAGUCGAAGCCAGAGGACACCGCAACCGUAGAGCUUGCGGUAGAAGCGCCAAUUGACUCCGAGCCUGCAGAGGAGACUCCAAGUGAGCCAGCUGCUGAGACCUCGGAGGAGUCUGCGGCAGAUGUUACUGCCGAUGCUCCAGUAGAAGCCAAGGCGGGAGAGUCCGCGCCCGCAGACGAACCGGCAGCUGCCGAAGUCAAGCCUGAGGAGCCCGCCACUGAGGAGGCACCUACAGAGGGUUUGCCCGAAGAAUCUGCCGCUCCUGAUGCUCCUGCGGCCGAAGAGAUUUCCGAGGCCAAGACCGAAGAUGCCCCCUCCACAGAAGCACCGGUUGCCGAAGCCGCGGUUGACGAAGUAACGGAUGAACUAGCCCCAGCUGAGUCUUCAGUUGAGCCUCCAAUCGAGAUUGUAGAAGAGCCGAAUUCUCAGGAGUCAAUGCUGGAGAAGGCAUCAGAUGAGUCUGCGUCGACAGAAGCAACUUCAGUCCCAUCAGAAAUCGCAUCUGAGGUCGUCAAGGAGGCCGAAACAGACGACCCUACCCAAAUAGAUGCUGAUGCCACCAAUGCCGCCGAUGCCGCCGAUGCUCCACCUGAUGUAGCUGCAGAUACUCCGGCAGCUGAGGAAGCGGUACUGCCAGAAGAUGUCUCCGUAGGAACUGCAGUCGAGACACCAGCUGUGGAGGAUGCCACUGAAUCCACAAUUGUCGAGACGGACUCCUCUUCAGAUGAUGCUGCGAAGCCCGAAGAGGCCGAGACAGCUCCUGGCGCCUCGGAGGAAGCACCACACCCUGACGCUCCGGUCGGCGCACCCGAGUCUGCGGAGGUCCCGGCUGAGACGACAGACGCUCUCGCCGAAGAAGCUGAAAGUGAAGAUCCUGCUUCCACUGAGCCAGCAGAGGUCAAGGAAGAGGCAGCACCUGGCGAGGCCGAAUCCGCGGCAACACCCGAGGAUGCAGUGGCUGCCGAUGCAGCUGCUGAAGAGUCAAAGCCUGACGACGCCACGGCAGAGGCAGACCCAGCAGCAUCUCAAGAGGAAGGUCCUGCGGCUGGUGAAGACGCACCAGCUCCAGUUGAUGCAGAUAACAAGCCUGCUGAGCCCAUCGCUGCAACCGAAGUAGCCGAAGAGCAGCCUAUCACGGCAGACGAGGAAGCCGACUCAGCAGGUCAAACAGCAGAAGCCGAGGCCGACCCAGCAGCCGCUGAAGCUGCCGAGGCAACGGUCGAAGCAGAAGCUGAUCCUGCGGAUGCGUCUGAGCCUGCCGCUGAGACCACAAAGACUGACGAUACCGAGCCUCCCAAGGAAGUUGAGCCUGAAGUGGACACUGAAGCCUCCAAGGAGGCUGAAGUCGAGACUCCCACGGAGGCUGCAGAGAAUGGCGAACACCCCAAAGAGACAGAGCCCGAAGUCACGGGUGAAGCAACGCCUGACUCUCCUGAGACGACCGAAGUCAUUGCCAAUGAGACAAGAGAGACCGAGCUUGCCUCUGCUCAGGACGAAUCUGCUGCUCCCAAGGAAGAGGACGGUCCUCCAGCGGAAUCUGAGAUGGAGGCUCCGGAGACUGCGAAGGCGGAAGAAGUUGAAGCUGCGAACGCCGAACCGUAUGCUCCUGAGGUGGCCGAAGCUGAAGCUGAAGCCUCCGAGGAAGCUGCCACAGAGACUGCGCCGGACGCUGCUGCUCCAGAAGCUGAUCCUGUUACGGCUCCCGAUGUCGAUGCCGAGAACGAAUCUGCUACAGUACCUGUGUCAGGGAUUGAAGCUCCUGCUGAAGCCGCUGCGGAAACUUCUCCCGAGGAUACUCCUGAAGUCGCUCCUGAGGCUACUUCUGAAGAAGCCCCUGAAGUUGAACCCGAGACAGCGGCAGCUGAAGUUGAAGCUGAUGUCACUGAGGAAGCUAAAGCUGAGGUUGCUGCUGAGCCUGACAUUGCUCCUGAGGCUACACCAGCCGAAGCCGAUUCUACUACAGCCGAGCCCAUGGCACCAAAGGAGGAAGAAGUUGCCACCACACCAGAGGAUAAUCCAGAGGAAACUCCAGAGGACACCAAGAAAGCCGAUGUCGAAAUCCAAGACGCCACUGCUGCAGACGAUACAGUUGUCUCAACUGAAGGUAUGGACUGUUACGAAAUCAUUAGUGACGGCAAAGAAUUCAAUUUCACCGUGGCCUCUCUCUCCCCCGGAACCAAGGAUACUAAAGAAGAAACAGAACAUGCGACUGAGGCCGAAGCCAAGCCCGAGGACGUGAAGCCCGAAGAGACAAUUCCUGAUCCUAUCCUGGAAGAGCCAGUUGCCGCCGUCGUCGAAGUUGAGAACGAGCCAGAAGCUCCCGAGGAGACCCCAGCCGAGACACCGGCAGAUGUCGCUGAGAUCGAAGCCAUUCCUGAGGAGUCAAAGACCGAUGUCGUCGAGACCGAAGCUGCAUCAGAGGCCGAGGAUUUCACCCCCACUACUGACGAUGCCAAAGAGAACGCCGCCGACCCAGAGCCCGAGGUCGCCGCGGAGACCACGGUCGCGGAACCAGAGGCAACUACUGUAGAUGAGGAUUCUCAGCCUGAAUCCUCGGCUGAGGCAGAAUCGGCAUCAACUCCUGAGGCCAACGACACCACCCCGGCUGCAGACCCGGCCCCAGAGACCAAUGAACCUGAGGUGGAGACCGCUGUAGAUGCAGACGGACAAGAGCCUGAGCCACCAACUGAGGGAGCUGCAGAGCCUGAUGCCGAGGUCGUCACCGAACCUUCUGCUCCUGCGUCGGAUGAAGCUGUUCAGGAGGAGACUGCAGAGACGGUCACAGAUGCUGCCAACGCUCAACUCGAGAAUGAUGCUGCUUCUGAGCCUGAAGCUCAGCCCGAGGAGCCCGGGGCGGCUGAUGUCGAUGAGCCCGCGCUCGAACCAGAGGCUGUCACAGAUGACAAGGAACUGGACGACAAGGUCGAGAGCGAUGCUGAGGCCAAGGAGUCUGAGGCCAAGGAUGCUGAGGCUAAGGAUGCUGAACCUGAAGCACCAGCCGCAGAGCCUGAGGUCGAGACGGCGCAGGCUAAUACAGCGCCCGCGGCGGAGGAAAUCAAGGAGGCUGAUCCUGAGCCAAGCGUCGAGCAAGUAGACGCCGAAGCUGCGGCUGUUCUUGAAGCUUCUCCUGACGCGCAAGAAGUCGAGCCUGCUGCUGAAGAGGCCAAGGAGUCUGAGCCUUCGGCUGAAGCUGAGACCGUCGCUGAAGCAGAGCCUGCUGCCGAUUCCAAAGAUCCCGAGCCUGUCGCGGCCGAGACAGAGGAGGCAGCGCCGGUUGUGGAGACGGCAGCUGAGGAGGUCAGGGACGCUGAUGCUGAGCCUGCCGCCGAGACUGCCGAGUCUCAGCCCGCUGUGGAAGCUGAGCCAGCUUCUGAUGUCGAGGAGGCGGGGCUCGAGACCGAUGCCGCUGCUGAAGCGGGAGUCAAGGAACCUGAGGCUGAUGCUGCCCCUGAAGUAGAGGAUGCUCUCGAGGCAGAGGCUGCUCCCGACGCAGAGGCUGCUCCCGACGCAGAGGCUGCUCCCGACGCAGAGGCUGCUCCCGACGCAGAAGCUGCGCCUGAAGUCGAAGCUAUCGUUGAGGCACCUGAGCCUGCACCUGCACCUCCUGCUGAGGAAGCUGAAGCUCCCGAAGCCGAGGUAGAAGUGGCAGAACUAAAAGAAAUAGAGCCUGCUGCUGAGGUGGAUACUGCUGCAGAGGCGGCCGACUCUGCACCUGAGUCUGAAUCCAAAGAGUCGGAGCCCGAGCCCGACUCGGCCGAUGCCGUUCCAGCUGAAGGCGCUCCCGACAUUGCCGAAGUGGUUCCAGAGCCAGAGGCUCCGGCAGCGACUGAGGAAGCCAAAGAACCUGAAACGGCCUCUGAGGAAGUUGCUGCGGCAGAAGAAGUCAACGACUCUGAGUCCCAAGCUGAAGUCGUCGAAGAGGCGAGCGAUGCUGCCGCUGAGCCAUCUACCGUUCCAGCAGAGGCCGUUCCGGAAGCCGAGGUGGCGCAAUCCGACCCACCCGCUGCAGCUGGAGAACCGGACGAGAUGGAUCCUGCGCCCGAAGUCAAGGAAGCGGAGGCGGAAGCGAAGGCGGCCACUGAGCCACCUUCGGAAGAGACAAAGGAGCCUGAACUCGCUGAAGUUGUAGAAGAGGCGAUUCACGCUGCCGCAAUUGUGGAUGCACCGGCGCCAGAACCCGAGCCUGCUCAGGAGACGGAGGUACCGGAAGCCGCCGAAGUAGCGGCCGCAGCCGAAUCAGUUGAAGAGUCUCCGCCUGCUGAAGAGCCCGCACCAGCUGAAGAGCCCGUCCCAGCUGAGGAGCCCGCACCGGCUGAGGACCCUGUACCAGCUGAGCCAGAAGUACCAGUCGAAUCACCUACUUCUGCUGAAGAUCCUGCGCCUGCUGAGCCAGAAGCGCCUGCUGAGCCAGCUGUAGAGCCUGUAUCAGUGGAAGAGCCUGCAGCGGCUGAGGAGUCUGCAGCGGCUGAGGAGUCUGCAGCGGCUGAGGAGCCCGCACCGGCCGAGCCAGAUGAGUCUUCUGAAGCAGCUGUAGAGUCUGUACCAGUUGGAGAGCCUGUUGCCGCUGAACCGGAACCACCAGCCGAACCAGUCGAAGAGCCUGCACCUGCUGAGCCAGAGCCGCCGGCCGAGGCAGAUAUUGAAGCGCCCGCGGCGGCUGAGACUGAAGAGCCCACAGCAGAAGUUGCAGCAUCUGCAGCGGUGGUUGCCGCCGCCGCAGUAGCUACGGGAGCAGCGGUGGCGAUGGCAGUAGAGGGCAAGCAGACGCGGUCUUUGGAUGCUGAGGAAAGCAAGGAUACGGUGGGACCGAUUGCCUCUGAUGCAAGAGAGGCAGAUAAAUCAGGUGAGACUUCCCCUCCUUCCUCUAAUCCCGAUUCCCCCGAUGGAGAGGCACGGGAAGGACAGGAUGGCCAAGAUCCCAAGGACAUCGAACCGGAAUCCGUCGCGGAGCCUGUCGAGAGCGACACACCGGAACCGGAAUAUUUGGAACCUUUGGAUGACGAGACGGCAACACCCGCUGAAUCUACCGGAGGGGAAGCCCUGGAAGAUCCAGCUGCUGAGGUUCAGGAGAGCCAAGAUCCGGUUGAGGAGGAACCUGCCGUUGAGGAAGCGGCCCUACCGCCGUCAGAUGAUCCAUUACCCGUCGCUGAUGAAGCAUCAACACCACCUUCUGCCGAAGAUCUUUGCCCCGAUGAAACCGAAUCGCCAGCUCAAGGCGCUACAGAAGUCACUGCAGACGAAACGCCGAUUGAGCAGCAUUCGGAGGAAUCGGAGGAACCGGGCCCGGUAGAGAACACCACUGUCGAGACUGAGCCUACCGAACCAGAAUCCGAUAUACUUGCAAAAGAGGGAUCCAUUGAUGAAGAACCUGCUCCCGCAGAUAUGCCAUCAGAGGAUGCAAUUCCCGCAGAAGAGGCAGAAGAGGCCGAACCUGCCCCUGAAGAGUCGAUUUCAACUCCGCCAGAUGAAGCAGGCACCGAGGAGCCCACCUCAGCAGAAACUUCACCUGAAGAUCCUGCAGCAGAAAAUUCGGCCAUGGAGGAGCCAAUCUCUGAAGACACCCUUGCGGCCGAGGCUAUUCCCGAGACAGCAGUAGAAGAGCCUUCACCCGUCGACACCAGCCCUGAAGAAGCCUUUGUACCAGAGGAAGCCAUUCCCGCAGAGCCUGAGCAAGUCGAAGACUCAUCAAGAGAGAUCGAGGCCGCUGCCGAAGAGGCCCCAGAAGAUCCAGUGCAAGUGGAACCAACUUCAGAAGACGCAGUCUCCGCGGGAGCUGAACCCGAUCAGCCUGCUUCGCCUGAAGAAGAGGAAGCAGAGCCAGAGGAGCCAGACCAGACGCUAGAGGUUCCAGCCGAACCUGUUUCUGAAGCAGCAAUCUCUGAAGAGCCUACUACUGAGCUUGCAUCAGAAGUGAUCCCCGAAGAGCCCGUCAUGGAGGAUGCCCCUGCUGAAGACUCGACGCUUGAGCAGCCCGCAACAGCGGAGUCGGCACCUUCGGACAAUGCUGCCCCUGAAGCCACACAAGAAGACCCUGCAGCGACUGAGGUAUCUCCUGAAGAGUGCGCGGUUCCGGGGCCAGUAACUGAGGAGCCCGCCGGCCCUUCGCCAAUAGAGGCUGAGGAACCUUUCGAAGAGACACCAGCUGCUACCGAUGUAUCCGCCCCAGAGCCUCUUGUCAACCCUGAAGACGCUUAUGAAGACACUGCUGCAGAGCAACCUGCUGAGCCCGAGGCAGCCAAGGAGCAAUCCACGGAAGAUCCUUCACCGAGUCCAGAGGCGGGUGACGGUGGGCCUGAGGAAGCAGCACAGAUACUGGGAGACAACACGGAGCCUGUCGACAAUGACGACUCAAUUGACGAGGACACACUCAUCACAGGAGUUGCUGCCACUGGUGUUGCUGCUAUAGCGGGCUUAGUUACUGUCAAUGCUUUCAACAACUCGGACGACGAUGCUCCGGCUAGGGACGCUCCUGAUACUACUGCAGCAGAUUCCAUGUCACGUCGCAGCUCAUCAGACAAAUUGACGCAGACUUUGGAGAACAUUUCGAUUCCAGGCGCAAUCACCAUGGCGGAACAAAAGGACUCAGAUGUGGACGCCAACUUCAGCCCCGUACAGCGAGAUGGAUUCUCGGACUCUGGAACGCAAACAGACAGCUCGGUAUGGGGGUUCCGGCCCUCGACCCCCGCCAUGGUUCUCCCCGAGCUUUCCAUGUCGCCGGUCGCCAAGGACAGGGCAAGAGCCCUCAGACGGCAGCGCAAGGUCUCUAUCAAGCAAGCAGAAGAACUUGUGGCGGCUGCUGUAGUGAUCUACGCCACAGCUGAAGCCCUUCGUCUACCACUGAGUCCAACAUCACAGAGCAGCUCGCAACUUGUCAAGGCAAUGCCCAGCUGGGAGCAGCAAAUUAAGCUGAAACCGAAAAGAGCCUUUUUCUCGAGGAAAAGAAGGAAGCAGACCGCGAGAGGCACCGGCGACGACGCCAUUCCUCGACCCAUCAUCCUGCAUCAUUCAGCAGCCGUAGCCGAGGCGAGAACGAGAGCAGAGAACAUGAAAGUAUCAGACGUCAUUCGCACACGUCACAUCACUCAAGUCGACGACACCAAAGCGACAGCGAGCGGUCUGUCCGAUCCGGCGACUCUGUCCCUCGGACCCCGCCAGGUCAUUCCCAGAGACCAGACAGCGGUUACUCUGGGAGCCCUCAGGAAAUUUCCCAGCACCGUCGUCGCAGCGAUCGUGGCGAAGGGGGUGGACGCAGCGAGCACAGUGAGAGGACAGAGAAAAGCGGGAGAAGUGGGCGAAGCCACCACCGCACUGAGCGAACGCCUGAGGAGCAGGCUGCUCAUGAUCGACGCAAAGAGGAACAUGACCGACGCAAAGAGGAACAUGACCGACGCAAAGAGGAACGUGACCGACGCAAGGAGGAACUACGACUUCCCAAAGAGAAAGAGCCGUGAGCGAAACCCUGAGAACGAGAAAAGAGAGCGUUCGCGUCACAAGGGCAAAGAGCCCGAGACAAUCGCCAAGCCCGAGGAGACGCCCGAACGCAGCCAUCGCCGCUCUCGUCGUCACAGCACCUCUGAGCAUCACCGCCCGGACCUCACUCUCAGCAAGAGAGAAUCCAUGGAGCCUACACCAGAGAAGCCCAGGAGAUUCUUCAGUGUCAGGAAUGCCGAAGGUACGACUGGAUCCAAAUUCCCUGCCCAGGACCCCCCAGCGCCGGCCGCAGCAAAGGAUUACAUGCCAAUGGAUUACGAUGCAGGACGCCAAGAGUCUACGCCAACACGCGACGCUCUCAGACGAUCAAGCACAACGCGGGUCAAGCACAGGCACAGAGAUAGAUCUGAAGGCGGCGGCGGUGCCAAAUUGCAAAAGGCCCGCGAAGACGUCACCGAAGAAGCUCACAAGGCUGCCGAGAAGGCUGGACGGGCUGCUGCAAGGACUAAGAGGACUGAAACCGAGAGGGCCGAGACAGCCGAGAGCGCUGAUAAGCCUAGGUCGAAGCACUCGGACGACUCUCGGCGCCGCGCCCGCAAGGAGGCGAGGAAGGAUGUCGAGAAGGACAAAGAGAGGGAGAGGGAGAGGGAGAAGGACAAGUCAAAGGGGAUCAAGGGCGUGUUCAAGCGGCUCUUUAACUAA